AUGUUACUAGUUUUCAUCCUCUGGGGCAUGCUUUUCCCAUCUUCUUCUUUCAGCUGUAUGGAGCCCUUCAACGUUUCGUUCCCAUCUUUUGAUUCCGGCAGCUGCAGCAAAACCGGCAACUUGAUCUGCAUGGGAUCAGUUUCAGUGGGCAAUGGAAGUUUGAGCAUCACACCACCUGAUCCAAGCACACCAGUUAACCAGAUUGGAAGAGUUUUAUACCAUGUCCCUGUCCUUGCUUGGCCGGCAUAUAUCUGCACCACCUUCACCAUUAGGAUCCUGGUCGAACAUAAUGCAUCGAUAGCUGGUGAUGGAAUGGCUUUCGUUUUGGCACAGGAUAGUAAUCCCUCACCAUCAAAGAGCUUCGGAUCCUACAUGGGAGUCUUUGAUCAGUCGACUCAAGGUGUCCUUCGUCAACUGGCUGUCGAGUUUGACACAUACAAGAAUGAAGACGAACCGGAUGCAAACCAUAUUGCAAUUGACACAGUCAGCAUAGAGGAACCAGUUGCUUUUAAGAGCCUCAACGGUACAGGCAUUCAACUCAAAAGUGGAAGGGAAAUUACUGUCAUGAUUGAAUACGAUGGAUGGAGCAAACGGCUGCAGAUCUAUGUGGCCUAUGCCGGGGAGCCCCUAGCGAGUUUUCUGAAUCAUACGAUGAAGUUGCAACACACUGUUCCGAGCAAUGUCUACAUGGGGUUCACAGCAGCAACUGGAACUCUUCGAGAAACUCAUCAAAUCCUUUCAUGGAAUUUCACAACUGCCCGGUUGCCUAAAGAAUCUCUCGAGGAAAAGCCAAAGAUGUUUGGUGUAGUUUACAUCAUAAUUGGCGCGGUGCUGUUGCUUGCUGCAAUAGUUGCUACCCCCUUCAUCCUCACAGAUCGGAAGAGCAAAAUGGAGAGGAUAGCAAGAAAAGAUGAUAUUGAGGCACUAAUAGCUGUAGCCAAUGGCCCCAAACUGUUUUCUUACCGACAACUUUCAGAGGCUACUCGCAACUUCAGGAAGGAAAAUCUUCUGGGAACUGGCGGUUUUGGAAGCGUUUACAAAGGCGUCGUAUCCAAAUCCAAUCCUCCUACCACCAUUGCAGUCAAGAAGAUUUCUUCAACAUCAAAACAAGGUGAGAAAGAGUACUUGGCAGAAAUUUGCACGAUUGGACGCCUCAGGCACAAAAACAUAGUGCAGCUCCAAGGCUGGUGCCAUGACCGCGACCAGCUCCUCCUAGUCUAUGAAUACAUGCCAAAUGGCAGCCUUGACCGGUUCAUUGGCAAGGACGAAUUCCUCGACUGGCCAACCAGACACAAGGUACUGGUAGGAUUAGCGUCGGCUCUAGUCUACCUACACGAAGAGUGUGGCAACCCCGUUGUUCACAGAGACGUGAAGCCAAACAAUGUGAUGCUGGAUGGAGACUACAAUGCGCAUCUAGGCGAUUUCGGGCUGGCAAGACUACUACUCCAAGACGCAGCCUCGGUCACAACCAUGAUAGCCGGGACUCCCGGCUACUUGGCCCCGGAAGUCAGCUUCACCGGGAGGGCCACACCCGAAUCGGAUGUGUACAGCUUUGGAAUGGUGGUGCUGGAACUGGUGUGUGGGAAAAGAUCAAGGGGGAUCAUGGACGAAAACAGCCUGGUGGACAGUGUGUGGGAUUUGCAGGAAACAGGGGCAUUGCUGAACUGUGUGGACAAGCAGCUGCAGGGCCAAAAAUAUAACGAGGAACAAGUGAAAAGGGCUUUGCUUGUGGGGCUGGCUUGUUUGCAUCCAGAUUUCAUGUUGAGGCCUAGGAUGAGGAAGGUGGUUCACAUCUUCAUGAACCCUGAUGAGCCUCUCAUGGAGCUGCCAGAGACUCGGCAGAGCGCCGUGCGGCUGUCCUUCCGGUCUUCUUUUGCCACCACGACGACCACCACUGAUCUUUGCUCCAAUUGCACCAACACUGGUUCUUGUGGAGGCUACACUGAGUCAUUGCCUGAUGAGACUGAAGCUAGGUUUGAGCUGUGA